CGCGCUUCCCGCCCGCGCUGCGGACAUGGCGCGCCGCUGAGCGCUCCGAGACCCGCGGCCAAAGACCCGGGCCCGAAGACGCGAGACCCGAAGACCCGAGUCCCGAGACCCGCGACCCGCCGGCCGCGACGCCCCGCAGCGGGAGCCCGCAGGCGAGCGAGGCCGAGCGCCGCGCAGCACGUGUAUAGCUCCAGCAUGGCAGAAGACGAUCCAUAUGGAGGGACUGGACAACUAUUUCAUUUGAGCAAUUUGCCUCAUCCAAUAUUUAAUACAGAAUUAUAUCCACCAGAAAUGCCACUGUCAACAGCAGAUGGCCCAUACCUUCAAAUAUUAGAGCAACCAAAACAGAGAGGAUUUCGUUUCCGUUAUGUAUGUGAAGGCCCAUCCCAUGGCGGACUUCCUGGUGCUUCUAGUGAAAAGAACAAGAAGUCCUACCCUCAAGUCAAAAUCUGCAACUACGUGGGACCAGCAAAGGUUAUUGUUCAGUUGGUCACAAAUGGAAAAAAUAUCCAUCUGCAUGCCCACAGUCUGGUGGGAAAACACUGUGAGGAUGGGAUCUGCACUGUAGCCGCUGGACCCAAGGACAUGGUAGUUGGCUUUGCAAACCUAGGAAUACUUCAUGUGACAAAGAAAAAAGUAUUUGAAACACUGGAAGCACGAAUGACCGAGGCGUGUAUACGGGGCUACAAUCCUGGGCUUCUGGUACAUUCUGACCUUGCAUAUCUGCAAGCAGAAGGUGGAGGAGACCGGCAACUCACAGAUCGGGAAAAGGAGAUCAUCCGCCAGGCAGCUCUGCAGCAGACAAAAGAGAUGGACCUGAGUGUGGUGCGCCUCAUGUUCACAGCCUUUCUUCCUGACAGCACCGGCAGCUUCACAAGGCGCCUGGAGCCUGUGGUAUCAGACGCCAUCUACGACAGCAAAGCUCCCAAUGCAUCCAACUUGAAAAUUGUAAGAAUGGACAGAACAGCGGGAUGUGUAACUGGAGGGGAAGAAAUUUAUCUUCUCUGUGACAAAGUUCAAAAAGAUGACAUCCAGAUUCGAUUUUAUGAAGAGGAGGAAAAUGGUGGAGUUUGGGAAGGAUUUGGAGAUUUUUCCCCCACAGAUGUUCAUAGACAAUUUGCCAUCGUCUUUAAAACUCCAAAGUAUAAGGAUGUCAACAUUACAAAACCAGCUUCGGUGUUUGUCCAACUUCGGAGGAAAUCUGAUUUGGAGACUAGUGAACCAAAACCUUUUCUCUACUAUCCUGAAAUCAAAGAUAAAGAGGAAGUGCAGCGCAAACGACAGAAGCUCAUGCCCAACUUCUCCGACAGUUUCGGUGGUGGUGGCGGAGCCGGAGCUGGAGGCGGAGGCAUGUUCGGGAGUGGUGGUGGAGGAGGGAGUGCUGGAAGCCCCGGCCCAGGAUAUGGCUUCCCGCACUAUGGAUUUCCUGCUUACAGUGGGAUCACAUUCCAUUCUGGAGCCACUAAAUCCAAUGCUGGGAUGAAGCAUGGAACCACAAACACUGAUUUGAAAAAUGACCCUAAAGGUUAUGACAAGAGUGAUAGCAGAGAGCUUCCGAGUCUCUCUGGGAAGGAAAGUGAAACUGCAGAACAAGAUAAGACAUCCCACACAUCCAGGAACAAUGAGGCUGCUCCGACACCCUUGGUGGGAGCCAGGGAACAGGAUCCUGAAUUCCAGGGUAACCUCUUUCUCGAGAAGGCUUUGCAGCUCGCCAAGCGGCAUGCCAAUGCCCUUUUUGACUAUGCAGUGACUGGAGACGUGAAGAUGUUACUGGCUGUGCAGCGCCAUCUUACUGCAGUGCAGGAUGAGAAUGGGGACAGCGUCUUGCACUUAGCUAUCAUCCACCUUCAUGCUCAGCUUGUGAGGGAUCUGCUAGAAGUCACAUCCGGUCUGAUCUCUGAUGACAUCAUCAACAUGAGAAAUGAUCUAUAUCAGACACCUUUGCACUUGGCAGUAAUUACCAAGCAAGAAGAUGUGGUGGAGGACUUGCUUAGAGUUGGGGCCGACCUGAGCCUUCUGGACCGCUGGGGUAACUCUGCUUUGCACCUAGCUGCCAAAGAAGGGCAUGAUAAAAUCCUCAGUGUCUUACUCAAGCACAGAAAGACAGCACACCUUAUUGACUGCCCCAACGGAGAAGGUCUAAAUGCCAUUCACAUAGCCGUGAUGAGCAAUAACCUGCCGUGCCUGCUGCUGCUUGUGGCCGCUGGGGCAGAUGUCAACGCUCAGGAGCAGAAGUCUGGGCGCACAGCACUGCACCUGGCUGUGGAGCACGACAACAUCUCCUUGGCUGGCUGCCUGCUUCUGGAGGGUGAUGCCCACGUGGACAGUACUACCUAUGAUGGGACGACGCCCCUACAUAUAGCAGCUGGAAGAGGGUCUACUAGGUUGGCAGCUCUUCUCAAAGCAGCAGGAGCAGAUCCCUUGGUAGAGAACUUUGAGCCUCUCUAUGACCUGGAUGAGUCUUGGGAAAAGGCUGGAGAAGAUGAGGGAGUCGUGCCGGGCACCACACCCCUAGAUAUGGCUGCCAACUGGCAGGUAUUUGACAUAUUAAAUGGGAAACCAUAUGAGCGAGUGUUCACAUCUGAAGACAUACUGCCACAAGGAGACAUGAAGCAGCUGACUGAAGAUACAAAACUUCAGCUCUACAAGUUGCUAGAAAUUCCUGAUCCAGACAAAAACUGGGCUACUCUGGCACAGAAAUUGGGUCUGGGAAUACUUAAUAAUGCCUUCCGGCUGAGUCCUGCUCCUUCUAAAACUCUUAUGGACAACUACGAGGUGUCUGGAGGAACCAUCAAAGAGCUGAUGGAGGCCCUGCGACAGAUGGGCUACACAGAGGCCAUUGACGUGAUCCAGGCAACAUUCCGCACCUCAGAAAACAAGGCCUCCAGCCCCAAAACCGCUGCUCACUUGCUGCCUCUCUCUUCCUCCACAAGGCAGCACAUAGGUAAGGAGCUACCCUUUUCCUUCUAGGCAGAGUCUUCAUUC